UCGUCGGCGGCGAUGAUGGGCGCCGGGUCGCCGGACACGGCGGCGGUGACGGCGCUGCUUCUUGUGGUGGUGGCGGCGCUCCUGGGAGCGGCCUCGGCCGGCGACAUCGUCCACCAGGACGACGACGCCCCCAAGAUUCCCGGCUGCUCCAACGACUUCAUGCUCGUAAAAGUGCAAACCUGGGUCAACAACAGAGAGGCGGAUGAGUUUGUUGGUGUUGGUGCUCGGUUUGGCCCCAUAAUAGAGUCAAAAGAAAAGCACGCAAACCGGACAGGUCUAUUAUUAGCAGACCCUUUUGAUUGUUGUGCCCCUCUCAAAGAAAAGGUUGCUGGAGAAGUUUUGUUAGUGCAAAGGGGAGACUGUAAGUUCACCACAAAAACUAAGAAUGCCGAAGCGGCUGGUGCUUCUGCUAUUAUAAUCAUGAAUAAUCUCCAUGAGCUAUACAAGAUGGUUUGUGAUCAAAAUGAAACGGAUCUAGAUAUAAAUAUACCUGCAGUUCUUCUGCCAAAAGAUGCAGGCACUAUUUUAAAGGGUCUUCUCUCGCUUGGUAAAGUUUCAGUGCAGUUAUACUCCCCAGAUCGACCUCUGGUUGAUACGGCCGAGGUGUUUCUGUGGCUCAUGGCUGUUGGUACCAUUCUUGGCGCAUCAUAUUGGUCAGCAUGGAGUGCUCGAGAAGCAGUUACUGAGCAAGAGAAGCUUCUAAAGGAUGGCCACGAAAGUUUAGUGAACUGUGAGGCUGGAGGUUCUAGUGGUAUGGUAGAUAUCACCAUGACGUCGGCAAUGCUGUUUAUUGUGGUUGCAUCACUCUUUCUGGUAAUGCUUUACAAACUGAUGUCUCACUGGUUUGUGGAGCUCCUGGUGGUUAUAUUUUGCAUUGGUGGUGUAGAGGGUCUACAAACGUGUUUGGUGGCUUUGUUGUCAAGGUGGUUUAAACCUGCCGCAGGAUCAUUUGUCAAAGUGCCAUUUUUUGGUGCUGUCUCAUACCUUACAUUGGCAGUUUGUCCAUUUUGCAUUGUCUUUGCUGUUUUAUGGGCUGUUUAUCGCCGGAUGCCUUAUGCAUGGAUUGGGCAAGAUGUUCUUGGUAUUGCACUGAUUGUUACUGUAAUCCAAAUUGUGAGGAUACCUAAUCUUAAGGUGGGCUCUGUUCUUCUCGGCUGUUCCUUCUUGUAUGACAUCUUCUGGGUUUUUAUAUCCAAGAUGUUGUUUCAUGAGAGUGUGAUGAUUGUGGUUGCUCGUGGUGAUAAGACUGAUGAAGAUGGUGUUCCCAUGCUGUUGAAGAUACCACGAAUGUUUGACCCAUGGGGCGGAUACAGCAUUAUUGGCUUUGGUGAUAUCCUUCUUCCUGGACUGUUGGUUGCUUUUGCGCUAAGGUACGAUUGGGCUGCCAAGAAGACCUUACAGUCUGGUUACUUUUUGUGGUCGAUGGUUGCGUACGGUUCUGGUCUUCUGAUCACAUACGUCGCCUUAAAUCUUAUGGAUGGUCAUGGCCAACCAGCACUUCUCUACAUCGUUCCUUUCACGCUUGGCACCUUCAUAUCACUCGGCAAGAAACGAGGCGAGCUCAGAAACCUUUGGUCGAAAGGACAGCCUCCGAGAGUCUGCACGCACGAGCAUCAACACCUGAUUGAUCCGGCUUCCGCUGUAAGCUCAUCGUAAGAAGCAUGCUAACCUGGCCUCAGAGAGUUCAACUAAUUUAAAAAAAAAUCCCCUUUUCUUGCGGUAUUGUAAUGGAUCUGCUGUGUAACUCUAGUCCUUGGUUGUAAUAGUGUGCACUACUAUAGAUAUAUGUUGUCAUUAGUACCAGUUAAUCUCAGUUGUAUAUAGAUCCUUGUCGUCGGCCUAGGAUUAGGGUUUGAGCUCGGUCUCUGGAUGGUAAACAACUUAUCCAUAAAUCACGGUUAAUGUAAAAGUUUUUAACCUUGUUUUCUGAAAGAGAAGUUGUUGAAAGAUC